ACAAUCUCUGUUUCCAUGGCAGCUGUUCGUAUUACUGCGACUCAGGCCACGCGAUCUGUGGGUCCCCGGAUUUACUCGAAUCAUCAAUGGCGGCUUUCCUUCCUCCUGAAAAGAUAGCAGCUCGGAAAACAUGGCGUAACCCGUGGAAACGGUCAUACAGCAAACACCGCAAAGCCUACUGGGAGGUGUACGAUGAUUUGUGCGAUAAAGUGAAGACGAAGUCUCCCUACAACACCGGUCGUCGACUGUUAGACCUGAUGGACACUCAUGUAUUUGACUUCAUGACAGGCAAUUUGGACAGACAUCACUACGAAACGUUCAAAGAUUUUGGCAACGACACGUUCCAUCUCCAUCUUGAUAACGGACGAUCGUAAGUACCCGCUGUUUUAGUCCCUGAAGUGUGGAACUUGGUUCAUUUGAACUUUUCAUUACUGAACAAAAUAACGAUUGUGACCCGCUCAAUGUACAAAGAGUGUAACGUAUAUACAUGUAGAUGGCCAGAAUGCAAAUAGUCCGGAAUACAUGUAUCUGGUUUAACAUGGUUCCGCGUUAAAGGAGUAGAAUUAUUGGCAUGAAUUUAGUCGUUCAUUAAGGAAGGUAAUGAGAAUUGUGCACAGGUAUUG